AUGGCUGAUGCUGCAGGGAGCUCUCACCAACACGAGCGACCCUGCUCCCACAUCCCAACAUUCUCAGCCCGACAUCCCAUGAUCCCCAAACUGUAUGUGAUGCCAUGGAAACAGGACAUGAAGAACCAGAGGAUCCUGAUGAAGAACGCAGUUCUGGCAGAGAUCCCCGUGGUUCCUCUUGAGGAGUCCUUGUGUUUUUGUGGUCGGGAGCGUCUCUGCCACAGUCAGGACUCCAGCUCCUCAUCAUCCUCCUCCUCUGCUCCUCUCAGUCGGACAGGACUGACAGCUCAUCACUCCUCCCACUUCUCCAGAUACAACAGCUCUGUGGUGACAACCAGGCGGCUUUACCAAACCUGACGACAGAUCACUAAGUGAUAUUGUAAAACACUGUAAAAGUUUCUAAUUAUUCAAGUGGCACAGUUUAUUUAUAAUUUCAUUAUAACAUCAUCAAACAAAUGUAUCUCAAAAGUACCUUGGUAAAAUAACUGUAAACCGGUGACAUCUUGAUGAUGAUAUGGUGCUU